GGCCGCGCAGAAAUUUAGGAAGGCCCUGUCACAGGUAUUAUGGACUCUGAGUUCGUUAUACACUCGUUGCUACGGAGCCGGGAUCUUUGUUGACAACUGUGCGCGACUUCUUCAAAUCGUUUAUCCUUGCACGACCUUUGCAUCCAACUGCCUAGCAAUACAAGAGCACAAAUUUGAAAUGCAUAUGAUCAUAAAUUGAACAAGUCGCGAGAAUAUACGCACUUAAUCGUAAUGGAUUCCUCUACUAGGCUUGGGGCGUCGCCUGCCACACCACUGUUCCCACUGUCGCCCGAGCGCGUCAAUGGGACUCGCCCACCAUACUCAAGCACAGUUUCACAGUCGUCCAACGGCCCAGAGUUCGGCAAAUCAUCUGUGUUGCUGAAACCGUCUCUGCUCUCAGGCUCACCAGAAGUGCACUUUCGACAUACACGCAAUAAUAGCGCGUCGGACGCCCACGUUCAAGGCUUGGUUGCACGCUUCGAUGGACUGAGUGUCAAAGAUUACAAGGCUCAGAGUGAGGUUGCCGUGCGGCGGGCCGACAUGGCUAGGGAGAUGGCUGAGAUGGAGCGAGACAAGAGCCGACGAGAAGCAAAGGCUUUAGAUGAUGAGCUCAAACGAGUUCGCGAAGAAAUGCGCAAGAUGAGGAAGGAGAUAGAAGAGGGCAAAGAACGAGAACGGAAAGUAUCAAAGAGACUCGAAGUCGUCAUGGAAGAACACCAGCGGUCGAAGGACGCUCAUAGCCAUGCCGUUGGGAUAUACGAGAAGGAGAUACGUAAAUGUCGAAAAGAAGCAUUCAGGUCAGGGUCAUCGCUUGUGAAGCUUCAGGAAGAGUUGAAAGCUACACGCAAUUCACUGCGCACCACACAAUCUAGCCUGGAAUCAGAGAAACUGAAAAGUGCUCGGCGAGAGCAGGAUGCAUUUACAGCACAGUAUCAAUUGAUCAGUGUACAGGAGGAGCUAGAUAAAAUGCAAGAGCGUGUCCAAGUUGUCGAAGCGGAGCGCGACGCUCUUAAGCGAAGUCUAAAGGAGGAGGAGGUUGCGCGCAUUGCUGCUGAAGGACGCAUCGCUCUACCCGCUGUGGACGAGGACGAGGAUUUCGAUGAUUCUAAUUUAUCUCAUUCAGCCCGCAAGUCACCACGAAAGGUACGACUAGCCAGUGAGGAGAGCGAUUGUGACAAAGAGAACAGGUUGCCGAAGAAAGUAGUGGAGCUGCAGAGUAUGCAUCGAGAACUUGCAAUGGAGAGGAGGCUUCGCAAGAAGGCACAGGAGCAGGUGGAGUUUAUGAAGAUGGAAUGCCAGUUCCAGUGCUGCUCGUGUCGGCUUGCCGAGAGGGAUGGCCAUGCUUACGUUUAUGACAUAAGCUUUGCAAGCGAGAUGGACACGAUCAGAACCCAGCUACCCAAUGAUUGCAAUCUACUGCUCAGCGAUCGGGAGGACAUGCCGAUGACACCAGGCUCACAGGAGACUGGAUUGAUGACUGAUGCUGACGCAUCAACAGACAGUACUGAUGUUGCAAAUGAAUGCAACGAUACUAUACCUGAGCCAAAUAAGGUUCCUUUGCAAACCUCAGAGCAGGAGAAGGAAACUUCUCAAGCUGAGGCACGCAAAAAAAUUCAGGCUGAGGUAACAAGGGGAGACACAAACAGGGUGAUAGAGUCCGAACAAGGCGUUUGUGGUGUUGCGGAAGCAGACGACGCACCACAAACGCCUAUUCGCGAAAUCAGGACUGUUACUACAACUACAACAAUACCUAUCAUGUUCUCACCAUUUCCGAGGUUGCAGCAGCCCACUACACCUAUGACCAUUGACCAUCCUCCUUCAGUUGCACAUGGUCCAACGUCGCCCUUCCUUGCUUCAGCAUUCAAACCAGACGGAACACUUGAUCGAGAGGCAGCGUUAGCACAGAUUCGCGAGCGGAGAGGAAGAGCCAGGAGCGUGGCGAUAGGUCAUGCGACACCAAAGAAGCAGAUGCUAGAAGGCGUUGUAGGUGGAAGACGGGAUAUUAGUGCGCCAACGUUGAAGAACUGGAACUAGGAACAAAAAUGGUCAAUGAGUGUUUCUUCGAGCGCUAGAAUCGGUGAUACUGUCUUUGCUAGCUGAUGACAUGUAUACUGCAGGUGAUUGUGACUGAUCGAGAACUCUUCUGUUGGAUGCCACUCAGUUAUAUCGACACGGGAUGUAGUUGGAAGAUCAGAGCAUCACAUCAAUCAGGCCUUUUGUACAGUAGACAGUCUAUUUGCGUUUUCUGAAAGUCCAUAUGGCUGCAAGAUAUAUCUAUCCUUCGAACUUAUGUCUCUUGUCUAUUGCUGAGAAGUAUCUUCAUAGCUCAGAACUUAAACUCGUCACCAUGUGACCAUUCCAGCCGCGGUCCGAAACUUCUGCAAAGAAUGGCAAAAUGACAUCUUGC